AAGAUUAACAAAAAAAAAAAGUACAUUAUGGCUUCGGUUGGUAGUGGGAAAUGGUGAUGUUUGGAAAGGAAAGGUUAAAUUAGCUUCAAAGACAAGGUAAAAUCAUUUAAAAGAAAGUGAAGAACGACCGGGCCAAACUUUUAUUUUUCUUUCUUUUCUUCUCUUUUUGAUGCUCCCCCCCACUUUGCUAUUUUCUCCACAGACAAAGAGUCAGAGAGAAGGUACUUGGAGAUCUUAGGAUUACUACAGAUUUUUUUUUAAAAAAAAAAAAAAAAAAAAAAAAAACUCCUGUGAUCAUGGCGUUGGCCUAGGAGGAGCUGUUGGUGAACACCAAAAAUCAGUCAUAUUGUUAUUGUUGAUUCUUUGUAACAAAUAUAGCCUUGAGCAUAGCAAGGCUGGCCUGCAGCUAUGGGAGAUACCAAGUUGCAGCUGCUUUUGGCUUUCGUUUGUGCCGGAAUUUACUUGGUUUCGUCGUAUACCAAUCCCAACGACGUUGCGGUACUUCACUCGUUGAAGGAAGCUUGGGAAAAUACACCGCCGAGCUGGGAGGAAUCAGAUGAUCCUUGCGGAGGACAAUGGGAAGGAGUCAAGUGCAACGACUCAAGGGUGACAGCAUUGAGUUUGUCAACCAUGGGGCUCAAAGGGAAACUUGAUGGUGAUAUUGGGGGCCUCAUUGAAUUGAGAUCCUUGGAUUUGUCAUAUAACAAAGACCUCACAGGUCCUCUCUCCCCUAGAUUAGGGGAUCUGCAAAAUUUGAACAUCUUAAUCUUAGCGGGUUGCAGAUUCAGUGGUAAAAUUCCUGAAGAAUUGGGCAACCUUAAAUCGCUAUCCUUCUUAGCUCUAAAUUCAAAUAACUUCACUGGUAGCAUACCUGCUACUCUUGGUAAGCUCUCCAAUGUCUACUGGUUCGACGUUUCGGAUAAUCAGUUGACAGGAUCUCUCCCUAUAUCAACCCCUACCACCUCAGGAUUGGAUCUCCUUUUAAAGGCUAAACACUUCCAUUUCAACAAGAACCAGCUUUCAGGAGCUAUUCCAGAACUUUUCAGCCCUGAGAUGGUGCUGAUACACGUAUUGUUUGAUGGAAACCAAUUUACUGGAACUAUCCCAUCAUCAUUAUGCGCUGUUCAGACUCUUGAGGUUCUCCGGCUUGAUAGAAAUGAACUGACAGGGAGUGUCCCACCUAAUCUCAACAAUCUUACAAAUAUCAAUGAAUUAAAUUUAGCCUACAACAGCUUGACAGGCCCUUUUCCAGACUUGACUGGAAUGAAUAACCUCAAUUAUCUGGAUCUGAGUAACAACUCAUUUGACUCAACAGAACCUCCAGCUUGGUUCUCAACCUUACCCUCUCUUACUACUCUGGUCAUAGAAUUUGGACCAAUACAAGGGCGUCUGCCACCAAAGCUAUUCAGCAUUUCACAGUUACAGCAAGUGAAACUGAGAAAUAAUUCAUUUAAUGACACGUUGAACAUGGGUGACAGCAUAAGCUCAGCGCUGCAGCUUGUUGACUUGGAAAAUAACCAGAUUUCCAAAGUGACAGUUAGUUCUGAGUACAAAAAUACAUUAAUACUUGUAGGAAACCCGGUGUGCACAAGUGGUAUCUCAGGCACUAGAUACUGCCAGCUUCAGCAGCAAAACACAAAGGCCUAUUCUACCAGUCUAGCUAAUUGCGGAACCAAAUCAUGCCCAGCGGAACAAAAGCUCAGCCCCCAAAGUUGUGAAUGCCAAUACCCUUAUGAAGGGACCUUAUAUUUUAGAGGACCUUCUUUCAGGGAAUUGUCUAAUUCCAGUGUGUUUCAUGAACUGGAAAUGAGCCUGUGGGUGGAACUUGGCCUCACUCCCGGUUCGGUCUCUCUUCAGAACCCCUUCUUCAACAUUGACGACUAUCUUCAGGUGCAACUAGCGCUCUUUCCAUCCACAGGAGUCUACUUUAAUAGGACAGAAAUUCAGAGGAUUGGGUUUGAUCUGAGUAACCAAACUUACAAGCCACCCAAAAAGUUUGGACCAUACUACUUCAUUGCAGCUCCUUAUACUUUUGAAGCCAAACAUGGAAGCUCAAUAAGCACUGGACUGGUUAUUGGGAUCUCGGUCGGCUGCGCCUUUUUAGUUCUUGGCCUUCUUGGGGUAGGAGCAUACGCCAUUAUGCAGAAGAAGCGCGCAGAAAAGGCCAUUGGAUUAAGUAGACCUUUUGCUUCCUGGGCACCCAGUGGCAAGGAUAGUGGAGGUGCACCACAGCUAAAGGGAGCAAGAUGGUUCUCAUACGAUGAACUUAAGAAAUCCUCAAAUAAUUUUUCGGAGAAUAAUGAGAUAGGAUCUGGGGGCUAUGGCAAGGUUUAUAGGGGAAUUCUCUCCGAUGGACAAGUGGUGGCGAUCAAAAGAGCUCAGCAAGGAUCGAUGCAGGGCGGGCUUGAGUUCAAGAAUGAAAUCGAGCUGCUCUCUCGAGUUCAUCAUAAAAAUCUUGUUGGCCUUAUGGGAUUUUGCUUUGAACAAGGAGAGCAAAUGUUGGUUUAUGAAUUUAUGCCUAAUGGAACUCUAAGGGAAAGUUUGUCAGGGAGAUCUGGAAUUUAUCUCGAUUGGAAGAGGAGACUACGAAUCGCUCUUGGCUCGGCAAGAGGACUCGCUUAUUUACAUGAGCUUGCAAAUCCUCCAAUAAUUCACAGAGAUGUCAAGUCAACCAAUAUCCUAUUAGAUGAGAAUUUAGGAGCAAAAGUUGCAGAUUUUGGCUUGUCUAAGCUUGUCUCGGACAGUGCGAAAGGACAUGUUUCAACUCAAGUGAAAGGCACACUGGGCUAUCUUGAUCCCGAAUACUACAUGACUCAACAAUUGACGGAGAAGAGUGAUGUGUACAGUUUCGGAGUUGUCAUGCUUGAGCUCAUAACUGCAAAGCAGCCAAUUGAGAAGGGUAAGUACAUUGUCCGCGAAGUGAGAUUGGCAAUGAACAGAAACGAGGAGGAGCUCUAUGGCUUGAGAGAUAUGAUGGAUCCAUCCAUUAGAAACACACCGAACCUUAUAGGCUUCGGCAGGUUCUUGGAGUUGGCAAUGCAAUGCGUUGAAGAGUCGGCUGCAGAUCGUCCGACAAUGAGUGAGGUUGUGAAGGCAAUUGAGACCAUUUUACAGAAUGAUGGGAUUAACACAAACUCAACAUCAGCAUCCUCUUCUGCCACUGAUUUCGGAUCCUCAAAGGGGGCGGCUCUUAGGCAUCCGUACAUUGAUGCUUUGAGUUUGCCCAAAAAGGAAGUUCAUGAGAGUGACGCCUUUGAUUACAGUGGUGGAUACACAAUUUCAGCAAAGGUUGAACCCAAGUAGAGCAAGCUUUCGACUUGUGUUUCUUCUUUCGGUCACUUCUUAUUAACCGUUUUUGUUUCAAGUUUUUUCUUCUUUUUGUGCAAAUAUUACUCUUCCUCGAACAACGUUUGAUAGUGGCCUGAUUAGUAAAGAAAAGGAAAAUGUUUGGUAGUAGCUCAAAUGUAUCAAAUUUUGUGUGAUAGAAAGUAGGGAAUUUCCUCACUUGUUGAACCGUUACUAUUCUUAUUAUCUUGACGAUUUUCAUCAAGAAAGCAUGAUUGCUUGACCGUUACUAUUCUUAUUAUCUUGACGAUUUCCAUCAAGAAAGCA